AUGUCUCUCGUAGAAGGAUUAUCACCUUCCGAAGAACAUUUCUUCAAGAAAUACUUGCUCAAAAAUCGGUUAUCUCAUGAGCUUCAUCUGCUUGGAAAUGAGGACUGCUGUGAAAAAUUUGGAGCUCCUUUCAAAAGUGCUGCUCCUCAACCAGAUGAAUUUCCCUUGCUCAAGUUCUUCUUUAAUAAUUUCACAGAGACAUUUCCUUUCAUUGCGAGCAAUUCUCAAGAGGAACAAAGAUCUAUUUGGCAAGAUACAGUUCAACCGUUCUUGGAAAACUUCAACCUGAAGGGUAUAUCAGAGUCCCAUGAGAGAAAGGAGAACACCACAAAACGUAGACAGGUGAACUCAAAAAUUCUACUGGGACUCUUGUUAUUUUUCAAUUCAAUGAUCAUCAGUAAGCAGGAAUUGGUGUACUUGAAGGAAAAUCAAUUGAAACCUUCUGCAGCUGGGAAAUUGGAAAAAAUUAUGCCCAAGGAUGAGCCUCAGGCUAGUGCUGAACAACCACCUUCGAAGCUGUCUGAAGAUGAUGGUCAAAGGUUGACGUUUCACAAUAACAUUUCGCUUAACAUUGUGUGUGUUAGAAAGAUAGCUGCUCCUCAACCACAGCCAGUGGAGCAGGAAGCAUUUUACUGGAGAUCUUUGAAAAAAUUAACUCAUGCUUCAGUUCCAAUUGGAAAACAUCAUUAUGAGUUUAUAAUAGAAGUAGUUCGAAGAACAAAGAAAAAAGAUCUUCAAGGUGACAAAAAGGGGAGAUCGUAUUCCUAUACAAAGCAUUAUAUUAAUAGAGCAUAUCAUGAGUUCAAAAGCUUGGAGACUACUAUGAAGAAAAUUUACCCUGGAUUGAUGCUGACUGAAGUAAGCAAAUUGCCCAAGAAAUUAAAAAAUGACAGCGGUAUCUCAAAGGAUGGAGAAAGAAUUAGUGAGAGCAAAGACUCUGAUGAAGAUGUGGGAGGUGAGACCAAGUCCAUUAAUUCUUCUUCUUCCUCCUUCCAAGAGACUUCACUUCACCGUGAGAAGCUUCGAAUUUCUUUAAGGGGCUACCUCGUUUCUCUCCUCAAGUUUCCAGAGAUUGCCCUACUGGAUGCAUUCCAGCGAUUCAUUUCUGAAGAACUGAAGACAUUCACGCAAUUGACCCCCGCAGACGAAGCUGAUCGCUUGGAAAGAUUUAACCAUGAGCGCCAAAUGCUUGAAAUCCAACUUGAAUUCCAUCAACAGACAUCCAACCUUAUUAUCGGCUUAGCUAAGGAUUUCGAUGAAUUCAAAACAAAAUUAGUAAUGAACCCAAACACUAUUACUGAGAUAUUUAUGGAAAUCGGGGAACUGCAGUCGGUUCAAGACCUUUCUCCCCUUUUGAGAACAUUUUUUGAAUGGAGUAAACUUGAAAUAGCAGCUACCCUAUAUCAGGUAUUUCUUAGUCAGGAUAAUUCAAGUGAAUGGUUGUCAAAAUGUAAAAAAUUUCAUGGUCUUUUUCCUUAUGGGAUCGUAUAUGGUAUUUUAAGGUUUACUAAUCCAGUUAAAAUUGUUUCCAAAGUGGUCGAUUUAUUAUUAGUAAAUAUUCCCAGUAUGAACCCAUGGCUGUCACAGUCAGAGCACCCGACAGCCAGAAACUUAUUGUCUAUGAUAUUUGUGAUGUUGCUAGAUGAAGACUUGAGUGAUUUUGAAAAGGAAUUAACCAUUUUGGAGAAUGAGAAAUUGAACUUACCUGGAUUUGAGGUCUUUUUGGAAAGAAUAAGGAGCUAUGUGUAUGCUGAUGAAGAUACCGUUGAAGGUAUUAGGAUUGAAAGCUUUGAAAAGAACAAGGACAUUGUUCUUACUAUUUUGUCCACCAACUUGAUAGAGCCAACUUUGCAGGCAAAGGAUCAACAGACAUUGCAAUUGGUCGAGGCGUCUUUCGCCGAAUACGAAAAGAUUAAUUCGAAGAAAUUUCAAGAUAAUUCAACACUUGAAAAGGGUGGAAAAGCAUUAGAUAACUCUUCAGCAUAUCUUAACAUCAAGCAAUAUUGGCAAAUUCAGAUUAGAAAACGUGACAAGGCAAUAAUGAAACAACUUUGGCAGGAACCCGAGUUGACCAUGGUUAUAAAGAAGUUUUUGACUAUUUUCUAUCAACCGCUAAUGAAAGUGUUUGGAAAGAGUGAUAUUCACUUAGUAUUUAGGGAUUUUCAAAAAUUCAUGGAUGACUUAAUGGUUACGUUAACAAAGUUGAGCGAUGGUGAAUUUUUCAUCAAAUCAUCUUUCGAGAUAUUUGAAAUGCUCAAAGAUUUGCUUGAUCGUCAUGAGAUUGUCUUCUGGAGAUUUUUGCACAAUUUAUAUCGUAAAGAUGACGAUCAAUUAUUUAUUUCACUUAUUAAAUGGGUGGAGAGGUUUUUGGUUAUCUUGAGAUACAAAUUUACUAAUCCUGAUUUGGUUACGGUUGAUCUAGAUAGACUAUCGCUAUUUAUCGAUGAUACGAUUGAUCACCGAUUGUUUCAUGAACAAUUGACUGCGUUAACUAACCAGACAUUGGAGAAGAGGAAAUUAUUCAAAGAAUUCCUUGAACAAAAGAGUAAGAUCAGUAACAGAAAAAUCAUACCUGGUACUCAGGGCGAUAUUGACAAGAAGUGGGAUGAUGUCAAUGAAAAAUUGUUUGGAGAAGAUAAGAGUGGUGAGUUUGGCAUUAAUACUGAUGAUCUAGAAGACUUUAAUAUGGAGGAGAUUGCCUUGCAUGGUGGAACCGACACGAGCGACGACUAUAGUGAUGCGGAAGGUGAUGAAGUAAAGGAAAAGACUGAUAGGGAACUUCAUUUAAAAUUACAGGAAUUGAAUGCUAGGCAGGCAAAAAUUGGAACUAGCGAACUAGAUAAAUUUGAUGAGAUUUUCAAGUCUGAAUUGAAUGGGCUAUUACCAAAAAUUAAAAAGGAAACCUUUAAGGAGGACAUAAAAUAG